AUGGCAACACCGUUCAUUGGGUAUGGUGAUGAGACAGUAAGGCAAGCGCCAAGAAAUGGUGAGGAGGAAGAUGAUUAUGCCACUGUUUCGGAUUUGAAAUGGGAAGAUGCUGAUGACGACUUGGCUAUUGAACGUGAGUGGUAUCUUCAAGAUGAUGAGGGCGGUGUGGCUGGUGAUGCCGAUCACAAUCCCUUUGCGCAAUACGAAGAUAUGCAUGGCCAAGUUUCAGGUGUAUUGGCACAAAGACAUAAGAGGCUCACAGCGAGGCAAGCACAAUAUAACGUUGAUCUGGAUGCUUGGGAGAACAGUCGACUUCACUCAGGUGGUGUCGGAGGACGGCAAGCUGUGAGGGAUGACAUUGAUGAGCAUGACGAGAACAGGAUUCAUCUCAUGGUUCACAACCUUCGCCCUCCAUUUUUGGAUGGUAAAACUGUAUACACCAAACAGAUUGCACCUGUGAAUCCUGUUCGGGACCCCACCUCUGAUUUAGCAGUUUUUGCCAUGAAAGGUAGCCGCCUUGUGAAAGAGCAUCGUGAAAGAGCGGAACGAGCCAAGGCGGCAGGCCGAGUUGCUUCUCUCAAAGGGACGCAACUUGGUAAUAUUAUGGGUGUAAAGGAUGAUGACGACGAAGAGGAGCAGAAGAAAAGUCAAAUUGACCCGUCUAAAAAUGACGGCAAAGGUGAUUCCAAAUUUGCCUCCCAUAUCAAAAAAGGGAAAGGUGCUACUAGUUUUAGCCAAAACAAGUCUAUACGUGAGCAACGACAAUACUUGCCUGCAUUUGCAUGUCGUGAAGAGCUCAUGCGCGUAGUUCGAGAAAACCAAGUCGUGGUCGUCAUUGGUGAAACUGGCAGUGGUAAAACAACCCAGUUGUGUCAGUUUUUGCAUGAAGACGGAUAUACUGACUAUGGCAUUGUGGGCUGCACCCAACCUCGCCGUGUAGCUGCAAUGAGCGUGGCUAAGCGAGUAAGUGAAGAAAUGGGGUGUGACCUUGGAAGUACGGUGGGGUAUUCAAUUCGUUUUGAAGACUGUACAUCGAAGGACACGAAGAUCAAAUACAUGACGGAUGGUGUAAUGUUACGUGAAUCACUUACGGAGCAUGACCUAGACAGGUACUCUGCCAUCAUCUUAGAUGAAGCCCAUGAGCGUAGUCUCAGCACUGACGUGUUAAUGGGGUUAUUAAAGAAGGUGCUCACGCGACGACGCGACUUGAAGCUAAUUGUCACAUCGGCUACAAUGAAUGCGGAGGGCUUCUCUAAAUUCUUUGGAUUGGCGCCUAUUUUUACAAUUCCAGGUCGCACAUUCCCGGUAGAUGUACUGUUCAGCAAGUCUCCAUGUGAAGAUUACGUCGACAGUACGGUCAAGCAAAUCCUUACAAUUCACUUAUCGCAAGGCAAGGGUGAUAUCCUGGCUUUUAUGACAGGACAAGAAGAUAUUGAAGUGACAUGUGAAGUGGCCGUGGAACGCCUGAAGCAACUUGAAGGUGCCGCACCUUUGUUGAUGUUGCCCAUCUACUCUCAGAUGCCUGCAGAUCUCCAGGCUCGCAUUUUUGAACCAUCUGAAAACGGAGAACGAAAGUGCGUUGUUGCGACGAACAUCGCCGAAACAUCUCUGACCGUGGACGGUAUUAUGUUUGUGGUCGAUGCUGGCUACAGUAAGCUCAAACUGUAUAAUCCCAAAGUGGGUAUGGACUCUCUCCAAAUUACACCAAUUAGCCAGGCCAAUGCCAUGCAGCGCUCUGGCCGUGCUGGCCGAACUGGUAGUGGUACAGCCUAUCGACUGUAUACGGAAGUGGCAUUCCAUAACGAGAUGUUUCCCAGUACAAUUCCCGAGAUCCAGCGUACAAACUUGGCCAAUACAGUGCUGUUGUUGAAAUCGCUAGGUGUUAAGAAUUUACUCGAGUUUGACUUUAUGGACCCCCCGCCGCAAGAUAAUAUCCUAAACAGCAUGUACCAGCUCUGGGUACUUGGCGCAUUGGAUAAUAUGGGCAACUUAACAUCGCUGGGUAAGAAAAUGAGCGAAUUCCCGAUGGAGCCUAGCUUAGCGAAGGUUUUGAUUAUGAGUGUGGAAUAUGGCUGUUCUGAAGAAAUGCUGACUAUCGUCAGCAUGCUCAGUGUCCCCACUGUGUUCUAUCGACCAAAGGAACGUCAGGAAGAAAGUGAUGCGGCACGUGAACGUUUCUACGUGGCAGAGAGCGAUCACUUGACUUUAUUGCAUGUGUACUCACAAUGGAAGAACAAUGGCUUCAAAGACAGCUGGUGUAACAGGCACUUCUUGCACGCGAAACUGCUUCGCAAGGCUAGGGAGGUGCGUGCCCAGCUGGAGGAUAUUCUCAAGAGCCAGAAACUAUCGCUGUCCAGCUGUGGUACAGAUUGGGAUGUCAUACGGAAAUGCAUUACCUCGGGUUAUUUCCACCAGGCAGCUCGCGUGAAAGGCAUUGGUGAAUAUGUGAAUUGCCGUACAGGUGUACCGAUGCAUUUGCAUCCUACUAGUGCAUUGUAUGGCUUGGGCUAUACACCUGACUUUGUUAUAUACCAUGAGCUUACGCUAACCUCAAAAGAAUAUAUGGGUACAGUAACAGCUGUGGAUCCACAUUGGCUUGCUGAACUAGGAAGUGUCUUCUAUUCUAUCCGUGAACAAGGUUCCCUAGCAUCUGCAAGUCGACGAGGUCGUGACACACAGCUUAAUCGUAUGGUCGAAAUGGAAGCUCAGUUUGAACGUGAUCGAGAACGUGCUGCCCAAGAAGAUGAUACGGUGUGGAAACGACUCAAAAAGUCUGACGGUCGUGCAGCACGUGGGUCCACUAAUCGUGAUGGUAUUGCCAUGCCUGGCAUAGGUCCUCCUCGCAAGGGUCGAAGAACGCCUUUCCGCUAA